GCGCCGCCCCCGGGAGUGCCUCAGCGUGCGGCGGCCGGGGCAGCGGCUGGGCUGCGCGGCGCUCCGCGGCGGCGGCAUGGGCGGCUCUGCCUCGGGCCCGCUGGACGACAGCAAGUGCGCCUACAUCCGAGGGAGAACAGAGGCGGUGAUAAAAAACUUCAGCCCACACUACAGAUGCCAGUAUGCCGUGGCUUUCUGCAGGCACGUGCAGAACGAGCUGGAGCAGCACCGGGACUCCCAGUCCCAAUUCCUGAAGACCAAGCCCCCGGUGGAAGCUGGGACGGUCUUAUACGAAACAGAGGUGCUGCAUUUUGCUGAGGACCUGAAGAAGUGGAAGGACAGAUACGUUGUUAUCAAAAAUGACUAUACCGUGGACUGCUUUGAGACCAAAGAGGCCUACCAGAAAGGAGCCAGCCCUAAAUAUCAUAUUCUUCCUGCAGGAGGCAAAGUACUGACUUCAGAAGAAGAUUACAAUUUGCUGUCUGAUAAACAUUUUCCAGAUCCUGUUGGCUCCAGUGAGAAGGAGGCCACCCAAGCCUUUGCCCAGCUGCCGAAGGAGUUUCCCGUGUACCUGUGGCAGCCGUACUUGAGGCACAGCUACUACUGCUUCUCGGAGCCCGAAGCGCAGAAGCAGUUCAGCGCAGUGCUGAACGAUUGCGUGAGACACUCAAACCACGAUUUUCUCAAGCAGACCACAUAUGAAGUAGAGGCAUUUUUAGAAGCCAUUCAGUUCUUCCGUCAGGAGAAAGGCCACUAUGGGACGUGGGAAAUGACAACUGGCAAUGAAAAACAGAUCUUAAGCAACCUUGUGAUGGAGGAACUCCUACCUAACCUUCAGACGAUGAUCCUGCCUAAAAUGAAAGGAAAGAGGAACGAUCGGAAGCGGGCCUGGUUUGGUAUUGUGGAAGAAACAUAUGGCUUAGUCCAGCAGCAAGUUGCAGAAGGAUUAAGUACCUUGAAAGAAGAAUGCAGAGAUUUUGCAAAAACUCUUGAAGGAACAAUUCGCUCAGAUAUGGAUCAGAUUCUGAACUCAAAGAACUUCUUGGCUGGAAAAAUCAAAGCCACUGUUUCUGAGCCGGCCCAGAAGUGCUGCGCAGAAAAUAUCCAGCCAUUUCUCACUUCCAUAUUGGAGGAGCUCAUGGGCCCAGUGAGUUCUGGAUUCACCGAAGUCCGCUCGCUCUUUGAUAAAGAAGUUAGUGAAAUCAUCCAGAACUUCCAGAAGACAAAUGAUACCACAAAGUUAAAGGAGAAUGUGGACCAGCUUAUGAACCUACCAUUCAACUCUGUGAAAAUGGAGCCUUGUUAUCUGAAAGUGAACCUCCUCCAGGAACUGCUUCAAGACCUCAAGAGUCGCUUCAAGGUCUAUCACAUGGAUUUUGUGGUUCAGAGGACACAGAACUUCAUGCAAGAGCUGAUGGAAAAUGCAGUUUAUACUUUUGAGCAGUUGUUCUCUCCAAGUCGCCAAGCCGACUCAGCGAAAGUUGCAACAACCAUUGAAAAAGUCAAGCUGAGAGUACUGAAGCAAUAUGAUUAUGACAGCAGCACUGUCCGGAAGAAGAUAUUUCAAGAAGCACUGAUACAGAUUACUUUGCCCACAAUGCAGAAGACACUGGCUUCAGCAUGCAAACCAGAGCUGCAGAAAUACGAACAGUUCAUUUUUGCUGAUUACACUAGUGUGAUCCAAGUAGAGAACGUCUAUGAAGAGAUUUUAUAUCAGACGCUGCUUGAAGAAACCCUGAAAGUAAUAAAAGAAGCUGCCAUUCUGAAGAAACACAACCUCUUUGAAGAUAACUUGAAUUUGCCUUGCGAAAGUGUGUCCAGUUUAACUGACCUGAAGACUCCUUCAGGAUCAGCUCAAACCACUUCUGCUAAGAAGCCUUCCACCACCAGAGCAGAAAUAUCAGAUACUGAAACUCAAAGUGACGAAACACUCAUUGUGACUGAAAAAAUUUCUUGGGAGAAAGAUCAUGGUGAUGGAAAGUCAUCAGACAAAGAGGCAGUAGUUCCUGUCAAUGUGGCUGAUAAUCAGGCAAGCCCAAGUGAAAAAGUGAUCGUUACAGACAUCGGUGAAAAACAGGAUUCUCCUCCAUAUACUCCUAAGAAACAAGAAGCUGCAGAGGAAAAAUUAACGUCCCAGAAUGAAGAUACAGAGAAAGCUGAGUUUGUGGAGACCCUUGAGAAAGAACUUAAGACACAAGAAGGGGCUGUGGAGGAAAAAGUAACUUCUGAGACUGAAACUAUGGUGAAAGCAGAUUUUGGAGCCAGCACUGAAACAGAAUACAAGGUACAUGAAGGAGUAAUGGAGAAAAUGGUAACUUCUGGGAGUAAAAAGGCAACAGAAGCCAAGCUUGUAGGAGACGCAGAAAAAGAAAGCAAAGUACAAGAAGAAGUUGCGGAGGUAAAGUUAACUUCCCCACAUGAUAAUGUAGUAGAAUCAGAAAUUUUAGGGAGUGCUAAAAAGAAAACCCAGGUAGAAGAAGGGAUUAUGGAAGAAUUGCCUCAGAGUGAAAAUGCAGUAGGGUUUGGAGAUGAUGGUAAAAAAGAAAGCAAGAACCAAGGAGAGAUCACUGAAGGAAGAGAUACUUCACAGAAUGAAAACACAAUGAAAGGAGGGUCUGGAGAUAGGACUGAAAAAGAAAGCAAGUCAGAAGAAAAGAGUGUUAAACCUCCUGAUGAUGUGAAUGAGAUAAGGAGUUUGCUGAUGGUAACAGUUGAAUUACCAGCAGAUACUCCCUGUGAGAACAUAAAAGAGAUUUGUGAGUGUGAGGCUUUAAAGUUGCAGGAGCAUGAUAACGGGAAUAAUGAGAUGAGCAAAAUCAUUGCAGCAGAAAGUCAAGUAAGGCAGAUGAUGAAUAAAGAUGCGGAUUGCACAGAUCUCAAGGGGGACCAAUUAUCACCAUCCAGUUCAGGGACAGACGGUACAAAUUUAGUGAGUGUGUCAGAGAGGGUUUGCAAUAUAGCACAAGCAGAAUGGUUGGUGGAAAUCUCUGAUACACCUCAAGAAGUAAAGACAGAAAUGGAGAUCGACCACAGUGUUUGGUACACCGGCGUGGGAAGCUGCGAAAGCGAUAGAUUGCAACCAGAGGAACACACUGAAAACAUGUCUGAAGACAAAAGAUUAGAUGUGGAGGAAGGGGGAGCAAGGAAUAAUCACACUGCCCCAGUGGAAGUAGGGACUGAGAGCUUUUUUCCUAAUCCUGCUGAAAAUCCAGACAUACCACAAGUGCCCAUUUUGAAAACACAAGACGCAAGAACAGAACCGAUAGAUGUGCCAGUUCCUUCUGUGCUGGAGCAGGGCGAAGUUAGCGCCGUCCAUGUCACAGGAGAAGCGAAGUCUGGUGAGGGUGAAGGGAAGCCAGCAGAUGAAUCAUCUUCACAUGCUGAAAUUAAAAGCGCAGAAGAGAUUUUCACAGAAGAAAACAGGGAAGAUAGUUCUGUACAGCAAAAUUCUGAAGAAUAAGAAGUAUUUUUCAGUCUGGCCCUCUAGGAUUUAUUCACUUCAGUCGCCCCUGUUUAAUCAUGAAUACUUGUUUAAGGCAGGGCGGGGGGAGAUGAUGGGCUCUAGUGCGGUGUUUCCAACUCUAGCAGUUUUGUGACAGAUCCCUUCCUAAGUGACAGAUGAUUGUUUUCCCUUCACUUAAAGCCCUCACUUUAAAAUCAGGCUACUAUUUGGGAACCUCAUCUUUCACUUAAAAUUUGCUACCUUUUAUGGUUAUAGAAGAAAGUUUGAAAAUGUGACCACUGAAUGCUUCAAAAGCAACUUGCCCCCCAGCUAUAAACUUUUUUCUUUUUUUAACAACUUCACUGUUCUUAGGUUCUUUAGCAGGGACUAGCUCAUGAUUUUUAAAUGCAUGGAUUUGACAGCAACACUCUGAUUCUUAGAUGGUUGGUACAUAAGUUGUUAUUCAAGGAUGCUUUUAGUAUUUGCAUGCAGUAUACGGGAAAUAAAUAACAUUUUUAGUAGUUAAACAGGAACCGAAUAGUUAAUUUGGUAGAUUGCUCAAAAGCCACAUUGUAUGCAAACUCUGGAAACUGAUUACUUAAUUAUUUUAAAGUAUCGACAGAUAUGAAAGACAAUGAAGUGUUCUGAUUUUUUUUUCUUAUUGCGAUAUUUAAAAUGGGAAAAACAUGGGAGCAGGUUUCUCAAUCCCACUCUGCACUUCUGGGUUAUUUAGCCUUCCAGAGCACUUUACAGCUGUUUUAUUUUAUUUUAUUUUAUGGAAGGGAAAGAUGAGAAUGUUUACAGCAACUAUAAUCAUUAGGUAGCAUCUUUCUGUCGUACUUCCCACCAUAAAAUAUAUCCACUUACUGCUAUCUAAUACAUAAUAUUAAGAGUCCUGCCACGCGCAUUCUUACUGACUUCAGUUACAUCACCCCAGUUUUGUAGGCCUUGGUGAUGGCUUUUAGGUGCCUAAGCUACAUCGUAAAUUGCAAUAAUUAUGAAAUAUCACAAUCAUUGUAUGUAAUCUCUAAAGCAGAUAUUCAUUGAAGCAGAAAGCAGGUAAGGCUUAUUCACUUAGAUUUUGGAGGGCAGAAUCUUGUUUCAGAAGCAGUUACUAAAAUGAGAUGUACUGUUCUCAUAUCCAGUAUAUGAUCAUCUACAACAUCAAAUUGUCAUCUAUGCACAGAGUUGCAUAUAUGCAUUAUCGGCACACCCAGCAUAAAGACUUUGUGCACAGAAAAGCUUGAAAGUGAAAAAUAGUAUUUUAAUAAAUUGGGCAUGCAAACUAGCCAUGCACUUUAGAGGUCAGUUUAAGGCACCUUAAAAAUCUGGCCUAGAGUUUCAGACUGUUUCUGAAUAAAUAUAAUACAGUCCAGGACAGCUAAGAUUAAUUAUAAAUACAGUAAGUAAGGACUGCAGAACUGCACCCAUAAAGAGAUGGAAAGAAAUAAUGAAAUCCCAAGAGUCCUGCGAAAUAACAGAGUCCUGAUAUUUGUUGGCAUUUAACUUUAACUAACUGUGUAAAGUCUAUUAUUUAAUGCUAUCAAAUAUUCUAUAAUACUAACAGACUAGUGACACUAGAGGAAUAGGCAAAUAUUACUGCAAAAGGAUGGAACGUUGUUGAGUAACUUGACCAACUGGAACGUCACUACUGUAAAAUAAAUGCAGCUACUAUUUAUUCCUAAAACCCUAUUGUGGUACACAAAUAUUGACAUCAUAUACAUUUUCCUUGCAAAAGUAGUUUUGAGUAGCGUCCUCCUUGUAUUUAAUGCGAAAAUACUCAUCUGCAAAUACACACACAAACCACUGUCAGCUGAUUUCUUACAAAUCAUUACUUAUUUCUAAUUGGUACUGAACAUAAGCGACUUCAGAUUUAGCAUAUGUGCCUUAUAGCUAAUGAGCAGCAGUAUUUUAGCUAUGUCGUGGAAUAUGGGACAUGGAUAUUUUCAAUAUGGUGUUCUGUAUGAAAGAGGAACAGUAAGAGAGCAACAGUUAUUCUCUGCAAAAAAUGCUGCAUUCUUCUGCCAAAGCUAUUCAGCAGUAAUAUGAAUUAGAUACAUCUUGUACAUUUACAGUACAAAAAGGAUAUAGCAUAACCAUUCUCUUCAGAGUAAUAGUUUAGUUAUUCCUGUGGCAGACUGGGAUCUGGGAAGCAUUUUUCUGUACAUACUUAAUAAUUUAGCUGCUGAAUACAAAAAUGCUCAGUAUAUUUGUUUUUCACAAGUAGAACGGGAAAGAACUGAGAAGAUUUAUCUUGUACCUUUGCUUGCGUGCUGCAAAUUUAAGUUGAUCACUGCUAGGAGGUUGAUUUUUGCUUUUGUGUACAUUUUCUUGGUUUUCCCUACGUUCAGGCGAUUACAAAUGGAUACGGUAGCAUUCUCUUUUCCUUAACAAGACUGGGAAUAAUACACCUGAGUGUUACUUAGAAGUGACAACAAUUUAGAAGUCGAUGGAGCACACGUUAAAAAAUAAGUCCACUGAUGGGUCAAUAAUUUUUGUAGCUUUCUCGAGGUUUCCUACAGUUAUCUUUAAUGAACACCUUGGUUUUGUAAACUGGGAACACCAGUAAAUAAUCUUUUCCAGCCCGAGGGGCUGGGGACGAGCUGGGCAGAAGCGCUGAGGAAGCAAGCAGCGUUUCCAGGCGGUGUGUGCGUCCUCGCCGUUGUAUGUCGUGCGGUUGCCCGCUUUAAGGAACAGGACGUGAAACACAGUGUAUCUUGCCUGUAACUUUGUGAUAACCGCUUAUAAUGACAAUAAAAUAAGCUUUUCCCUUCCA